AAACGUCAGACGAUCAUCAAUAAAUAAAUAAAUCAAUUUUAUAUAACAGAAAGAACAAAAGUUAAUCAAUAAGUCGUCUUCAAUUCCCCGACGACUAUUCGAAUUCAUCCUACGUUUUAUUUAAUCGUUCUUGUUUGUCAACACCUUUUUUUUUUCCACACACACAGUUGAUUGAAUCCGCAGGUGUAGGCGAGGAUCGUGUUCUGUAUUUUGUCAAGAGUAUUGUGUUUUGUUGAGACUUUUUAACAAUGAGUGUGAUUGGGUUUGAUAUUGGGAAUGAGAGCUGUGUUAUUGCUGCUGCGAAACGUGGUGGGAUUGAUGUAUUGUUGAAUGAUGAAUCAAAGCGUGAGACGCCAUCUGUGGUGUCAUUUGGUGAGAAGCAAAGGUUUUUGGGCUCUGCAGGGGCUGCAUCUGCUACUGCCAAUCCAAAAUCAACCAUAUCUCAGGUCAAGAGGUUAAUUGGUAGGGUGUAUAAGGACCCGGUUGUGCAGGAAGAUCUUAAGUUGCUCCCUUUCGUGACUAGUGAGGGGCCUCGUGGUGGAAUCUUGAUUGAGUUGGAGUACUUGAAACAGAAAAUGAAGUUUACUCCUGUAGAGAUUUUGGGGAUGUUGUUUACACAUCUAAAGCAGAUAGCAGAAAAAAAUCUUGAAUCUGCUGUUGUAGACUGUGUGAUUGGGAUUCCAUCUUAUUUUACGGACUUGCAAAGACGUGAGUACCUUGAUGCUGCAUUUAUUGCUGGCUUAAAUCCUUUGAGGUUGAUGCAUGAUUGUACUGCUACUGCAUUAGGUUACGGCAUGUACAAGACUGAUCUCUCCGAUUCAGGGCAAACAAAUGUUGUAUUUGUUGACAUUGGGCAUUGUGACACUCAGGUGACCGUUGCCGCUUUUCAAGAAGGCAAAAUGAAAAUAUUGUCUCAUUCGUUUGAUCAGAACUUGGGAGGUAGAGAUUUUGAUGAAGUUUUAUUCACGUAUUUUGCAACACAGUUUAAAGAGAAACAAAAUAUCGAUGUUUAUUCCAAUGCCCGUGCUUCUGUAAGACUUAGAACAUCAUGUGAGAAAGUGAAGAAAGUUCUGAGUGCUAAUGCAGAAGCACCACUUAGUAUUGAUUGUCUAAUUGGAGAUCAAGAUGUGAGAGGAAUAAUAACGAGGGAAGAGUUUGAGAAACUGUCAUCUGAUUUGUUAAAAAGAGUUACGGUGCCUUGUCUUAAGGCCUUAGAGGACUCUGGCCUAACCAUUGAUAAGCUAUCUACUAUUGAGCUUGUUGGUUCUGGAUCCCGUAUACCAGCUAUUACCAAAAUUUUAACUUCUUUUUUUCAGAAAGAACCAACAAGAACUCUAAAUGCUAGUGAAUGUGUUGCUAGAGGAUGUGCUCUUCGUUGUGCAAUGCUUAGCCCUACUCAAAAAGUUCGAGACUAUAAGGUUAAAGAUAUAUUUCCUUACUCAAUAGCUCUUCCUUUAGAUGAACUGGAAGACAAAUCACAUCAAGAGUUGAUGAUCUUUCCAAAAGGGAGUCCAUUGCCAUGCCAUUUUUUGCUUAAACAUCAUGGAAAAAAUUCAUUUUAUUUCCAGGUUUUAUACUCCAACAAGAUGGAUGUCCCUACAGGAAUAUCACCUAUAGUUGGUCGCUUUUCUAUCGGAUCGUCUGAAACUCCUGCUUCAGAACAGGCGAAUGUUGAAUUAAAGAUGAAGCUUAAUGACCAUGGAAUUGUUGAAAUAAAAUCGGCAUCACUUGUAGAAGAGCAACGCCAUGCUUUUCUGGAUUACUUUGCUUACCCGCAGAGGAUGGUGGUUGAUAAUCUUGCAUAUUCUGACAAUUUAGAUGUUGCUACUACGGAAGAUGAGCUACUUAAAGCUCAAGAAAAAGAAUUAAUGUUGUCAGAGCAAGAUAAAAAGGUGGAGCAAACUAAGGACGAAAGGAACACCCUGGAGUCUUUUGUCUACGACACUCGUAGCAAGCUUUUGAGUGCCUACCGGAGCUUUGUCACAGAUUCAGAGAAGGAGGAAAUCACAAAUCUGUUGCAAAAAACUGAAGACAGGCUAUAUGAAGACAGCGAUGAUGAAUGUGAAGAAGACUAUACUGGAAAACUUAAAUAUCUUAAAAAGUUAUUGGAUCCAAUUGAAAGGAGAUACAACUCACACAAUGAGCAAAAAGCCAGAGCAGAAGUUACAAAAGCUAUGCAAACAUGCAUCGAAAAAUAUCGUUCAGGCGCAAAAUUAAUGUCGCCUUCUCACAAGAAGGCUGAGCUUUUAAAGGAAUGCAAUAGAGCUCAGGAGUGGUUGAAUCGUCAACAGACCAUACCUCGGAUUAAAGAGGUCAUAGUAUUAUUUGAGGGGAAUUGCAAAGACAUAAUCGGGUCCCAACCUAAAUUCGCUAAUCACGAUAAAUCCAUGCAUCCAGACCAAAGGGACCGGCCAAUCGUCUCGAACCAAAGAGAUCAACCUGUGAACUCGGAACUAAGGGAACAACCUGGGAAAUCUCGCCAAAGGGACCAACCCAUGGAUUCAAGCCAAAGUGACCAACUUGUGGAUUCGAACGAAAGUCAUCAGCAUGCGGACCAUAGAGAUCUACCAGUGGACUUAAACCAAAGGGACCGUCCUGUGGACUCAGACCCAAGAAGCAAACUCGUGAACUCAAACCCAAGGAGCAAACCCGCGGACUCAAACCCAAGGAGCAAACCCACGGAAUCGAAACAAAGGAACAAACCCGUCGACUCGAACGAAAGGAACAAACCUGUGGACCCGAACCAAAUGGAACAAGCCGCGGCUUUGGACCAAAGAAACAAAUCCGUGGACUCAAUGCAAAGGAACAAACAUGUGGACUUAAAACAGAGAAACAAACCCCCGAUGGCUUUAAACCAUAUGAAGCAAGCUGUGGGCAUGGACCAACCUGAUGACAUGGAACUCGAUUAAAGAUGUGAAUAUUUUUAGACUGGUGGGAGAAUAUUCAGGUAUCCUACUUUCCUUGACUGCUUUUAUGGAUUGGCGUAUUGGUUACUUUGACCUGUAUCAACCGAAAAACAAGAAAAGCAAGUCAUACUUUAGAGGUGAAAAUGGAAUUCUAGCUACUUUUGUGCUUUCAUGGUCAUUAGUGUUUUUUUCUUCUUUUUCUUUUGAAAACUUUGACUUUACAUCCGUGAUCUACAUGUACUUUCAUUCAGACAUAUGCUACUGGACACAUUCAAAGUAUAUGCGUUAAUUUGAUAAUUCAGCACUAUUUUUAUGA